AUGGGGGCCAUCAAGUCCAUAGCACCGAAAUUCGGAGGGUUCCUGCCGCGGCAGAUGAGGAGAGCCCUCCUGGGAUGCAUCUCCUGCACGAUCAUUCUUAUCUACCUCUCAGUUGCUGGUGCUUUCACCGAUUCGAAGAGCGAGCGCCCACAGAGCAUCGCUUCCACAAUGGAGCGGUUCCCACGAAAAAUAUGGCAGACAUGGAAGGUCGAUCCCCUAGAUUUCGAGAAACGAGACCUCGACACUGCAAAGAGCUGGGUGUCGAAGAACCCAGAGUACCGAUAUGAAGUCUUGACGGACCAGAACGACAUGUAUUAUGUCGAAACACAUUUUGGCCCGGAAGGGUUCAACCGACCAGACAUCGUGGACACAUACCGAGCACUCACCGCAAAGAUUAUCAAAGCCGACCUGCUUAGGUAUCUUGUCAUGUAUGUCGACGGCGGAGUCUACACCGACAUCGACGUUGAAGCAAUUAGACCAAUCAAGCGAUUCAUCCCAGAACGAUAUAACGAGAGGGACAUCAACAUGGUCGUCAGCGUUGAGAUUGACGAGCCCAGUUUCAGCGAUCAUGCAAUCUUGGGCCAGAAGUCGAAGUCUUUCUGUCAAUGGACAUUCAUGUGCAAACCCAGACUUCCAGUCAUGAUGAGACUUGUCGACAACAUCCUCAAGUGGCUCAAUGGAGUUGCAAAGAAACAAGGAAAGCCUAUCUCGGAGAUCGUGCUCGACUUUGACGAAGUGAUAAGCGGGACUGGUCCCUCAGCUUUCACCUCCGCGAUCUUGCAAGAAAUGAGCGAGUCUGCCGGCGAGCCUGUGACCUGGGAUAGAUUCCACGAUAUGCAUGAAUCUAAGCUUGUCGGUGGUUUCCUUGUUCUGACCGUUGAGGCAUUCGCUGCCGGACAGGGCCACUCAGACUCUGGGAACCAUAAUGCGCGUGCCGCGCUUGUCAAGCAUCACUACCACGCGUCCGAAUGGCCUAAGAACCAUCCCCGUUUCAACCAUCCUGUAUAUGGCGAGGUAGAGAAAUGUAACUGGGACCGUGGUUGCGUUGAAGAGUGGGACAAAAAUACGGCUGCCUUCAAGGAGCUGACGCCAGAAGAGCAGGCUAAGAAAAUCGCUCUGGCAAAGCUUGAAGUCGACAACCCGCCGCCUAAGAUACCUGAAGUGCCAAAAUGGAAUCAGCCUGGACUGCCUGAGAAGGUACCCGCUGGGCAGAAGGGACAGCAAAGGGUGGCCAACGAACAACAGGAGCCUCAACUGCCUAAUGUUCCUACAUCGGCAGAUGAGCCGGAAAAGCUCGAAGAUAGCGAUCUCAAGGAAAUUGCUGAUCUUGAUAACGAGAUUAACAGCCUUGAAGGCUCUGAAACGCAAAAACCCGCGGCUCCCAAGCCUGCUCUUCCUUGA